UAACCCAUAAACCUUGUCAACCCGUCAAAAUUUUCAGACCUGUUUCGGAUCAUCGUGUCUGUAAAUACAGGUUGUGCUCUGAAACUCAACCACCGUUCCACCUGAAACUGAAAGAAAAACGACGAUGGAGAAAUGGAGAGCUAGUCAUCGUUUCCUCCGAUACUCUUCCACAAAGUCCUUCGAUCUUCGAUCAAAGCCUAUUUCCGAGCAAGCAACAUGCAAUUCCUCUUUCUGUUUUGCGCGUAACGAAAGGCGAGAAUGGAAAUUCGGUAAUUGUUUGAGUUCCUCGAGAGAGAAGAGAGGUUAUCUGGGAUCUUCCGCGGAAAGAGGGAUUAGAAAUGAAGUCGGAUUCCAAGUCCGAUGUUUUGGCUCGGCGACAAGUUUAAUUCAGAGGAAUCCUUCAUUUUCGACGUUGAACACUGAUGAUAUAAACUAUUUUAAGGGAUUAGUGGGCGAGAAAAAUGUGAUUCAGGACGAAGAUCGGCUGCUGACUGCUAAUACGGAUUGGAUGCACAAGUACAGAGGCUCAAGUAAGCUUCUGCUGCAACCUAGGACCACUGAGGAGGUGGCUCAGAUUCUCAAAUACUGUAAUUCCAGAUGCUUGGCUGUUGUUCCGCAAGGCGGAAAUACUGGUCUUGUUGGUGGAAGUGUUCCUGUCUUUGAUGAAGUGAUUAUCAAUCUCGGUUUGAUGAAUAACAUCGUCUCUUUUGACAAGGUCAGUGGAAUACUGGUAUGUGAAGCAGGGUGCAUACUGGAGAAUUUGAUAACGUUCCUGGACACCCAAGGAUUUAUUAUGCCACUGGACUUAGGUGCUAAAGGUAGCUGCCAAAUUGGUGGAAAUGUUUCAACAAAUGCAGGCGGUUUGCGUCUUGUCCGAUAUGGAUCACUUCACGGGACUGUACUUGGUCUUGAAGCCGUUUUAGCUAAUGGUGACGUGCUUGACAUGCUUGGUACUUUGCGCAAGGAUAAUACUGGAUAUGACUUGAAGCAUUUAUUUAUAGGAAGUGAAGGAUCCUUGGGGAUUGUGACUAGGGUUUCAAUACUUACCCCUCCAAAGCUCUCUUCAGUUAAUUUAGCCUUUCUAGCAUGUAACGAUUAUUUUAGCUGCCAGAAACUUCUUGUUGAAGCCAAGAGGAAGCUCGGGGAGAUUCUAUCUGCUUUUGAGUUUUUGGAUAACUUAGCAAUGGAUUUGGUCCUAAAUCAUUUGGAAGGCGUUCGGAAUCCAUUACCUCCCUUCCUGCACAACUUUUAUGUCUUGAUUGAAACAACAGGCAGUCAUGAAUCUUAUGAUAGAGAAAAGCUUGAAGCCUUCCUCCUCCAUGCAAUGGAAGUUGGCUUGAUCUCUGAUGGGGCUCUAGCACAAGACAUUAACCAAGCAUCAUCAUUUUGGCAUAUACGUGAGGGUUUACCAGAAGCAUUGAUGAAAGCAGGGGCAGUUUACAAAUAUGAUUUGUCCUUACCUAUUGAAAAGAUGUAUGAUCUUGUUGAGGAAAUGCGAACAAGACUUGGUGCACUAGCUAAGGUAGUUGCAUUCGGUCACCUUGGAGACGGUAAUUUGCAUCUCAAUAUUUCAGCUCCUCAGUAUGAGGAAAAGAUACUAGCACAAAUAGAGCCCUUCGUCUAUGAAUGGACAUCUAAACAUCGUGGGAGUAUCAGUGCCGAACACGGGCUAGGGCUGAUGAAAGCUACUGAGAUUUUCUAUAGCAAGUCGACGAAUACUGUGCAACUAAUGGCUUUUAUAAAGAAACUGCUGGACCCCAGAGGAAUACUCAACCCUUAUAAAGUUCUUCCGCACUCUCUCAGUUCUUAGAGUUGAAGUAAGAAACUUGAUCAAGUUCACAUGCUUCCAAAAAAGAGUUCCCAGUUGCUCCAGAAACAAAAGAAUAUGGUCCUGACUACCAAUAAUUUAUUAUGAACAAUUGCUUCUUUCCCUUGGGAAUAUAAUGUAACCGGUGGAAAAUAAACGUCAUGUUGUAAGUUUAACUUGUAAAAUGAAGCUAAUUACUUAGUAGAUGGAUAAAUAAAUAGAU